GUGUCCCCUGCAGCGUCCCCGGCCAUCUCCUCCGGCCGAUGCCGGCAUCCGGCUUCUGUGUCCUGUCCCUGUGACGUCGGGACGUACGGGCGCCGCCGCCACCGCGGCGGGAAAUUUAAAAAAAUUUUAAAAAAUGUCAUUUUUUUUUUUUUUACUGUAUCAAAGCAUUUCACAUACAUUUUGUACCUAGUGCUUUGUCCUGUGCCCUGCCUGCAUUUUUACUGUUCUUUCUGCCUGGAAACUGAGAAAUGUUCAUGGCGUCCAAAAAGUGUCCCUUUAGGUCAAAAGUGGUUUUAGACCAGCUAGAGAACAGUGAUAGUAAAUUAGAACCACUUGCAGAAUUGA